AUGACUCACAACCCCCGCUCCCGGUGUUCAUCAGACGUUCGGUACACCGUCAAUGGAAUUUCAGCCAUUGCCCUCAUCGAUACCGGUGCCUCUCGUUCCGUGUCCAGUUCUACCUUUGCUGAAAAGCACAAGCUUCCACUGGGUCCUCCUGAGGCUAUUCCAUGCCUCUACUCCGUCAACAACGCUCCUGUCCCCAUCAAGGGUCUGACUACUCCUCUCCGGAUUGUCGUUUCCAACCUGUCUGUCGAUCAUCCCCUCCUCAUUCUUCCGAAUGCCUCCCACGACAUCAUCAUCGGCUGCGAUCUCCUCAAGGCCCACCGUGCUUCCAUCGACGUUGCUACCGACAAGGCGCACUUCCACGGUUUACCUCCUGUUUCGUCCAACCCUUCGGUUGACGAAGUUCUUGCUUCUGCCUCUGCUACUGCUCCUGAGCUUCCAGUUCCUGCGCCCAAGGUUCAACUUCCUUCCGAGUAUCAAGACUUCUCUGAUCUUUUCGACAAGAAAUCUGCUGAAACUCUGCCUCCUCACCGUCCAGGCUUCGACCUUGAAAUCAAACUCAAGGACGAGUCUUCCCUCCGUGCUGCUCCUCUGUACAAGAUGUCUCCUGAAGAGCUCUCCACUCUCGAAGUGGAAAUCAAGGAACUCCUUCGCAAAGGGUUCAUCCGCGAAUCCAAGUCUCCCAUCUCCAGCCCGGUCCUGUUCACCCUGAAAGCCGACGGUUCUCGCCGUAUGGUUGUCGACGGCCGUCAAGUCAAUGCCGUUACCAUUCCGAACAGCUACCCGCUUCCCCUCAUCUCCGAGCUCAUCGACCAGCUUGGCCCAAGUCGCUCUCGCCCCUCUUGCUCCAAGAUCUUCACCAAGGUCGACCUUCGCUCUGCUUAUCAUCUACUCCGCGUCAAAGAGGGUGAUGAGUACAAAACCGCCUUCCGCUGUCAACUUGGCCUCUUCGAAUUCCUGGUGGCUCCUUUCGGCCACAUCAACUCUGGCGCCUGCUUCCAGAGAUUCAUCGCUUCUCUUCUCCAAUCCAUGGUGAUGUUGAAGUCUCCAGCCAUGAUCAACGGAAGAGCGGGCUCCUCUGGAUUAGGCUGGAUGACGUCCUUGAUGGCUGUUUCGAGUGCUUCGAGGAAUUGGAUUUUCCUUUGGGUGCCGCUUGCUGGUGCGUAG